AUGGCCGCCCCCACAUCGGGCAGCGCAGCCACCAUGCUGCCCUUCAGUACCCCCGGCACGGCUGAUUCUAUCUUGGCCAAGGCCAAGGCCAAGUACACGGAAGGGGACCGGCUGCAGGCGAUGAAACUUUACGAGGACGUCCUUAACGAGGAACCUACCCCCGAGCAACGGCGGGCGGCACUGUUCGGCGUGACAGCCGUCCAUGCAUCUUUCGGUGAUGUGGAGCUGGCGCAGAUGACAUUGCGAGAGGGACUACGUAAUGGCCUGGACUACGAGAAGGCUUUGGAGGACCCCAGCUAUAUUACCAUCCAGCUCAGACGGUUCGCGCAGCAGGUGCAGAUUGCAAUGGCCAACCGUCCGCCCACGGAGCGGCCAUACGGCAGCGGGCGCUCCCGACCGGCUUCCACGGGUGGCCAGGACCUGGACUCAAUCCUGGGGUCAGCCGGUGGGGACACGGCUGAGGUAGACACGUCCAUCGGGGGCAUUGCCCGGCGCGUGGCGCUGGUGGUGCUGGUGGGAGUGCUGAUGGGCACGGCGUUGUGGUUCCUGGGGCUGGAGUAUCUGUUCCCUAAAAUCGACUGAGGGCAAGGGGCAACUGCCUCCUGACGGAGGCUGGAGAACUCAACGGUAGCUAGCAUGGGGGGGAACUGAGGGCCAUGUGUGGGGGCUGGUCUGCCGCCGCAGCAGCUGAAGGCACGAAGCUUGCGAGUAGAGGGGUUCUUACUGCGUGUUUUUGAGGAGCGUCUUUUGGGGCGCAUGUGGGUGGGGGAGGAUCAGGUUACCGGGAUAAGGAGCAGUCGGGGCCGUUCAAGGUACGUUGCGCCCGGGGUUCAAGGACCGGGCAGGGAAAGACUAGGAAGAGCUGACUGGUAACAGCAGAGGUCCAAAGCAUACAUCCUUGGUCGAGGUGGCAGGAUAUCUUCUGGUAUCCACUACCUUUACAGACUCGUCUCAGUGCGUUUGUAACCUCUAUACGCU